AUGUCUGCCACUGAAGUCCGUUCUUCCGGAAAGGUGGGGGAGGAUUCAAAUAUGAAAGCUGUCAACUAUCAAGGGCCUUACAAGCUCAAGGUCGAGGAGGUACCAAAUCCUACUAUUGAGCAUCCCGACGAUGUGAUUGUCAAGAAACCUAUUGCUGGUCGUGAGAAUAUGGGGGUGGUGGACAAGCUUGGUUCAGGAGUCGUUCAGCUUAAGAAAGGGGACCGAGUUGUUAUACCUUUCAAUAUAGGAGACGGCCGCUGUCAUAAUUGCGUGGAAGGAAACACCGGUUUCUGUCUUGGAGCUAAUCCUGGGUUCGCUGGAGCCGCCUAUGGAUACGUUGCCUUGGGCCCAUACCGAGGCGGCCAAGCUCAGUAUCUGCAAGUACCCUUUGCCGACUUCAAUGCCCUCAAGUUGCCUGCUGGCAAAGAGCAUGAUGCAGACUUCAUUCUUCUUGCAGAAAUUUUCCCGACUGGAUGGCAUGAUGUCAAGAUCAGCGGUUUCCAGGCAGGAGAAAUCAUCGCUGUAUUCGGUGCUAGGCCGGUGGGCCUGAUGGCUUCUUAUUCUACCUCAAUACUAGGAGCCUCCAAGAUCUAUCUCGUCGAUCGCGUUCCAGAGCGGCUCUCUGCGGCUAGAAAAAUUCCUGAAUGCAUGCCAAUCGACUUUACCCAAUCAGAUGCUCUAUACCAGAUCAUCGAAGCGAAUGAUGAAAUGGUGGAUCGAUCAGUCGAUUGUGUAGGCUAUCAGGCCGUUGACAGCAGCGGCGAGAAGGAGCAACCAAACAUCAUAUUGGAGAACAUGAUCCGUGUGACUCGGGCCUGCGGCGGUAUGGGCAUACCUGGACUUUACCUCCCUCAAGAUCCCGGGUCGUCGGAUGAAAAAGGUCCAAAGAGACAGAUGCUGAUCUCCUUUAGGAAGUUGUUCGAAAAGAUAUGUCGACUGCUGAUGUCGCCCCUUUAUUUGCCUUGGCAAGAAUUUGUCCGGCAAGAACCUUCAGAAUAA